AUGUCACGGCACCACAGCCGGUUUGAAAGAGAUUAUCGGGCUGGGUGGGAUCGCCGGGACUGGAGCUCCAACGGCAAUCACGUCAGCAGCACCAACUGCAGCAGCGCUGCGAGCACCAACAGCAACAACCGCCCCGGGCUGCUGCCCCUGCCCAUCGUCCCCUCCCGGCUCCCCACCCCGGCCACCGCCACUUGCACUACCGUCAACAGCGAUGUGAUCACGAGCCUGGUGGCCAAUUCAUCUCCAGCUUCAACUACCAAAACACCUUGCAUUUCCAAGACUGAAAAUCAGCCUCAAGGACUUGCAACGAGCGUCAGGUGGGGACAGACACCCAUCAAUCAGUCCACGCCCUGGGACACUGAUGAGCCUCCAUCUAAACAGAUGAGGGAGAAUGAAAACCCAGGUGCAGCACCCUGGGUCACCACGGUGGCAGCAGGCAGCCAGCCCGCCCUGAUCACGCACUCCUACGGGAUGACGCAGCCACCCACCUUCAGCCCGGCCGCCAACGUCCAGGCCCCCGUCAUCGGCGUCACGCCCUCCCUCCCUCCGCACGUCACCCCCCAGCUCCCGCUGAUGCCGGCCCACUACCAGCUCCAGCCACAGCCCUCCCAGCCCCUCAGCAACAUGGUGGUCAACCUCCAGAGCCAGCCCUUGUACCCCAACAGCCAGCCCCUCAGCAUGUCCUCCAUGAGCGGCGUGGGCCCGGUGGCCCACCCGGGCCCCGGGGCGGUGGGCAACGGGCAGAUGCUGCGGACAAUCGGCGUGGGGAAGUACGAGUUCACGGACCCCUGGCACCCCAAAGAAAUGUUGAAGGAGUUGAACCAGCAACGCAGAGCGAAAGAGUUUACAGACCUGAAAAUUAUUGUUGAAGGCAAAGAGUUUGAAGUCCACCAAAAUGUUCUAGCUUCCUGCAGCUUGUAUUUCAAGGACCUGAUUAAAAGGUCACCACGAGACAGUAACAGAAGCGGGGAGAAGCUGGAAUUGGCCAUGUCCAACCUCACUGCGGAUGUCCUGGAAUUACUCCUGGAGUUUGUUUAUACAGGUUCUUUGAUCAUAGAUUCAGCCAAUGCAAAAACCCUACUGGAAGCUGCCAGCAAGUUCCAGUUUCAUACUUUCUGUAAAGUCUGCGUUUCAUUUCUAGAAAAACAGCUGACUGCUAGCAACUGCUUAGGAAUAUUAGCCAUGGCUGAAGCCAUGCAGUGCACUGAACUAUACAACAUGGCCAAAGCAUACGCCCUGCAGAUUUUCCCAGAGGUGGCAAACCAAGAAGAGAUCCUUAAUAUCUCAAAAGACGACUUCAUUUCCUACAUGUCCAAUGACAGCCUGAACACCAAAGCGGAGGAGCUGGUGUAUGAAACAGUGAUAAAGUGGAUUAAGAAGGACGCUGCAAUCAGAGCUCAGUACGCUGCGGAGUUGCUGGCAGUGGUGCGCCUCCCCUUCAUCCAUCCCAGCUAUCUGCUAAACGUUGUUGACAACGAGGAGUUGAUAAAGUCUUCGGAGGCUUGCCGGGAUCUAGUGAACGAAGCCAAACGUUAUCACAUGCUGCCGCACGCCCGACAAGAGAUGCAGACGCCAAGGACCCGGCCCAGGCUCUCUGCAGGUGUAGCCGAGGUAAUAGUCUUAGUUGGGGGUCGCCAGAUGAUUGGCAUGAAUCAACGUGCUUUAACAGCAGUCACUUGCUUAAAUCCUCAAAACAACAAGUGGUACCCGUUGGCCAGCCUGCCCUUCUAUGAUCGAGAGUUUUUCAGUGUGGUCAGCGCUGGGGACAACAUCUAUCUCUCAGGCGGCAUGGAGUCGGGUGUCACGCUCGCUGAUGUCUGGUGUUACAUGUCCUUGCUCGAUAACUGGAACCUCGUGUCCCGCAUGACAGUCCCCAGGUGUCGACAUAACAGCCUGGUGUACGAUGGGAAAAUUUAUACCAUUGGAGGGGUCGGUGUGGCAGGCAACGUUGACCAUGUGGAAAGGUACGAUACGAUAACCAACCAGUGGGAGACCAUCGCUCCUCUGCCAAAGGCCGUCCAUUCGGCCGCUGCGACCGUUUGCGGUGGGAAGAUCUACGUCUUCGGUGGGGUGAACGAAGCCGGCCGAGCUGCAGGGGUCUUGCAGUCCUACAUCCCUCAGACUAAUUCGUGGAGUUUUAUAGAGUCUCCGAUGAUCGAUAACAAAUACGCUCCUGCAGUCACUCUCAAUGGGUUCAUCUUUAUUCUUGGAGGAGCUUAUGCACGAGCAACCACCAUCUAUGACCCAGAGAAAGGCAAUAUUAAAGCAGGUCCCAACAUGAACCACUCCAGGCAGUUCUGCAGCGCUGUGGUUCUGGAUGGAAAAAUUUAUGCCACUGGUGGGAUCGUUAGCAGCGAAGGACCUGCCCUGGGAAACAUGGAAGCCUACGACCCUAAAACAAAUACGUGGACACUUCUACCAAAUAUGCCCUGCCCUGUUUUUCGACAUGGCUGCGUAGUAAUCAAGAAGUACAUUCAGAGCGGCUGA